GAUAUUUGCUUUCGCAUUUGGUCGUAUCAUUGAAACGAGAAUAUUAGCGAAACGACUGCGCCUCCCCAGCAAAUGUCACAGCUGCUCUACGAAUAAACAUCAUUACAAUACAUAAUAUAACCAUAGUCAUUCUCGUCUUGGCACCUAAGAAAAGAAAAAGAUUUUUUUUUAUAUUACGACAGGAGAAAAGUCACCUAGUGUCGAAACGUAUCGAAACGCGAUUUUUUUUACUUCAUUUGCGAUCGUCCUAAAGUUUACAUCAAUAAAUAAAAUUGCGAAAAAGAAAAAUUGUUGUGACAUUCAUUUAUUUUCCAAUUCAAUUGUAAUGAUUGAUGGUUUAAAUGAUUUGACACACACAUGUAUUUGGCAUGAUAGAGAUAUAAGAAUAUUUUCAUGAAUAUUCCUUGAUGUGUGAAGUGAAUCGUACGUAUCUAAGUGAAGACGAAUGUCUGGGCGAUAAAAGCCAAUUUUUUUUUUGUGACAUUUCUAUUCGAAUGAUAAUUUUUUCAUAGAAAAAUAGCUAAAUUCACGUUAAUUACUCAUAAAAGUUGAAUUGAAUGAAUUGUUUGUGGUGUGCUACGGACUAGGAAUUAAUGCAUGCAAUAGCCAGUGUACUAUACCGAAAAAAUCGAAUGUUAAAAUGCCAAACAAAGAAAAAUCCGUAAAAACGGUGCAAAAAUCAAAUGAAAAUGAUGCAAUCCGUACGCAACCAAUGACCAAUGAUGUGAUCACAACCGAUGUCAAAAAGGGGGCCAACAAUAAAAAACGUGAAAAACAUAAAUGUAAAGAAACGACCAACAAUGCAAAUGCGGUUAAUGAAAAUGGUUUAAAUGCAACACCAGUUAAUGAACACGCCGAUCCUGAUAUUCGUGCCGUUAGCGAAGAGCUUCUUCGACGAUUGCAAUGUAAUGGAACAUCGAUAUCGGUACGUAGAUCGAAUGAUAGUGGCCAACAAAUAUCAUCGAAACAAGGCGAUAAUGGAUCUGCCGUUCAAUCACAACAAAUGUCCAAGCAAUUGAAUUACAAUAAAAAUAAUAGUAACAACAACAACAACAAUAGUAAAGCUCACAAUAAAAAUCAAUCGGAAAAAAUUGUAAAUAAUAGUUCAAAUAAUGUUGCGAAUUGUUCCGAGGCCAUGCAAACCAAUGUGCAAUGUAAUGGAACCCAUUCGACAUCAAUGGAACACUGUGCUGAGCAUCAAGCAACUGGCACAAACACUUCAACCUAUUUAUCAAGUCCCGGAACCAGUACAGAAAAUGGAAUAAAAUCACAAGUGUCAACGGAACACACCGAAGCAACUGUGUCAUCCAAAGACAGUGUUCUUGCAACAGCAUCGUGUAGUAGUCAACAGCAUAACAAUUUACCGUCAACAUCAACAUCGAACCCAAGCGUGUACCCAGAAUCGACGUUACCAAGAUCCGCUUUGUCGGUGGAAAGCAUUAAAACAUCCACCGUUGAAGUGAAGUUCAAGGAAUACGAAAAUGAACUACAAAUGCCCGAUAUUAUGCGUGUUAUUCAACGUGAAUUAUCCGAACCGUAUUCGAUUUAUACGUAUCGUUAUUUCAUACACAAUUGGCCAAAACUUUGUUUCCUUGCAAUGGAUGGUGAUAAUUGUAUUGGAGCAAUCGUCUGUAAGUUGGAUAUUCAUCGACAAAUGACGAAGCGAGGCUAUAUUGCUAUGUUGGCCGUGGAUGCCGCUUAUCGAAAACUCAAGGUCGGAACGACACUUGUGCAAAAGGCAAUUGAGGCAAUGCUUGAACACAACGCUGAUGAAGUUGUACUAGAAACGGAAAUUACGAAUAUACCAGCGUUGCGAUUGUAUGAAAAUUUGGGCUUUGUUCGUGAUAAACGACUUUUCGAUUAUUAUUUGAAUGGAGUUGAUGCACUUCGGCUUAAAUUAUGGUUCAAAUGAUCCAAUUUGAUAUGUGUAUACAGUGGCCCAUUGUUUAUUUUCACCACUCUAACUAUAGUAAUAUUAUAUAAAUCAAAUAUUUAUAAUUGUGGCACAAAACAUCCAAACGAGCAAAAUAAAACUAGAUCGAAACAUGUCAUAGAACAUAACAUAAAUUAUAACCUCUCUUAGAAAAACCACACACCACACACUGUCACAAUCUACAUACCCGAUAGAAAUCGAUUUUGAAUAAUAUUUAAUGAAGAAAAAGAAAACAAAUUGAGAACAAUCUCGAAGGAAAAAAAAUAGUUGACCACCACGUCUUGGUAUAUAAAGUUUGAAUAAUUUUAAUUCAAAGCUCAUAUAGCUCAGACCGUUGAAUUUGAUACUUUGAAUACUGGAAUUUACAAUAAAAAUGAUCGCUUCUCAUCGGCAGCUA